UGCUGUGGUAGCGGCGGCUCCGGCGCCGGCGGGAGCGUUCCCGGGCGGUGGAGGUGGGCGGCCAGGGUUCGCGGGGAGACGGAGGUCGAGGUGAGCGGAACCCGGCGGUGCCGAGCCGCGGUGUCGCGCCGAGGGAAGGCCAGAGCUGGGCGGCCCCGGAGGGCGCGGCAGGGCGGCGGCGGGGAUGGGCUCCAAGGCCAAGAAGCGCGUGGUGCUGCCCACCCGCCCGGCGCCCCCCACGGUGGCGCAGAUCCUGGAGGACGUGCGAGGAGCGCGGGCCCAGGACCCCGUCUUCACCGCGCUGGCCCCGGAAGACCUUCCAGGCCCCUCCAGGAGGACCRAGGACCCUGAGGAUCAGCAGGAGCAGCUCUACCAGCAGAGCCGGGCCUAUGUGAUCACAAACAAGCAGCUGCAGCAGGCUAGGGAGGAGCUGCGGCAGAAGCGCGAGGACCUCCAGUUAGCUGGCCAGGAGCUGGAGCGGGACAUCAGCCAGUUCCCCAGUGGCACGCUGUCUCCUGAACCUCUCCCUGUGAAGGGUCACUGCUGAAGCCAGAGACUCCCUGACCGGAAGCCGUCUUGGGCCCACACUGAACCUUGGGGAUUUCUUGUGGAUCACCCACCCCAAAGCUUUGCUACCUGGACAGCUGAGGACAGUACUGUUCACCUUAAUGGACCCCUGCCCUGCUGCACACUGGAGCUGGCAGCAAGGACUGAGAACCAGAAACAAAGCCCCAGGUGGGCCACCUGCCUGGGGAACUGUCCCCAGGGGACCAAGGCACUCAGCCAACCCUUCCCUGUCUCUGAAUAAACACCGCCACGUUUAGGUCCGGCUUCCAGAA